UUUUUAUCGCAGGCCUAUAUACAUCCCAUUGCUUUUCCCACCAGAUGACAGACGUUUCAAGCCAAAGAAGGCAUAGCACAAAUUUUAUAUUUUUUUCUUUAUACUUUUUGGAAAUGUGUUUGUUGCAGUCUAAAUGGAACCCUCUGUUGACAUUACCGUGAGUUGUGACCCAUCAUCAGCCGGGUCAAUCUUUGGCCAUCUGCUAAACCAGUAGUAAAGAUCUGCCAAUAUACUUCCGUUUAAAGUUGAAUGAAGUUGACGGGUUGGCUAUUAGGAGUACAAUAAAAACAACCACUGACUGCCUGCACAUAUUUAUUCCCAAAACAACUAAAUAUUCACUCACACUGCGUGUCCACCACAAAAGAUAUACCUUUUGUAAUAUCGAAUCUAGCUGAGUGCAUAAAACGAUAACUUUACUUAUUGGGCAAACAUUGCGACAUAUUUAGCGAUAACACUGUUUACGAGUAGGAUCUAACGCGAGUCACAUAGUAACUGUGCAGAUUGAUUUUAAACACAUUUUUGUCAUGGGUCUCAGCACUGUCACGUCUUUGUGUCACGGACUUUGGACUUUCUAACUUUGUGACUAGGCUACACACGUGACAGUAGUAAGGCUAAAGUUAUAUGAAGGCCAAUGUAAUCACUCUUAAAGAUUUGGAAGUAGUAUGGAGCUUCAGGACAUUUUCACAUUUCAGAGUUUCCACGAAAUUUGGGGUCCCUAUGGAUAUGGAUAUGACCUGCCAGAGAUGAUUGAAAAGGAGUUCGGCAGAAUGAAAGGUAUCACUUACCUCGAUCAUGGUGGAACAACGCUUUUCCCUGAAUCACAGAUAAAAGCCUUCUACCAAGAUCUUACCAGAAAUAUCUAUGGCAAUCCCCAUAGCCACAAUCUGAGCAGUCGACUGACACAUGAUACUGUGGAACAUGUCAGAUACAGGGUACUGGAGCACUUUAACACUAGUCCGGAGGAGCACACCGUCAUCUUCACCUCCGGCUGCACUGCAGCACUCAAGCUAGUGGCUGAAAGCUUUCCCUGGAGCUCCGCCUGCACUGGAGAGCCAGGGAGUCACUUCUGCUACUUGACCGACAACCACACUUCAGUGGUGGGCAUCCGAGGGGUGAGCGGCCAGCUUGGCGUGACCUCCCUUCCCGUCUCGCCCCACGAGGUGGAGGCCCGAGCCAGACACUCGCCACGGGCAACGAGUGCAAUUGACUCCCAGACCGCCCACCUCUUCUGUUACCCGGCCCAGAGCAACUUCUCAGGCAGAAAGUACCCUCUGAGCUAUGCGAGGGGCAUCCAGACAGGGCGCCUUUACCCAGCGUGCGAGAGGCCAGGUCGAUGGCUGGUCCUCCUGGACGCCGCCGCCCUGGUGGGCAGCUCAGGCCUGGAUCUGCAGGAAAACACUGCCGAUUUUAUCCCCAUCUCCUUUUACAAGAUGUUCGGCUUCCCCACAGGAUUAGGCGCGCUGCUGGUGCGGAACGAGGCAGCGGCGAUCUUGCGGAAGGGCUACUUCGGUGGGGGCACAGCAGCAGCUUACCUUGCCGGAGAGGAUUAUUUUGUGCCCAAGUCAAGUGUGUCCAGCAGGUUUGAAGAUGGCACCAUCUCUUUUCUGGAUGUCAUUUCUGUCCAUCAUGGGUUUGAGGCUCUUCAGAGGCUAACAGGAGGUAUGGUCAGGAUCCAGCAGCAUACAUUCGGUCUGGCGCGCUACAGCUACGUAAUGCUCUCCAGCCUGCUGCAUAGCAACGGACAGCCGGUGGCCCACGUGUACUGUGACAAUGAGUUCCAGGACCCGUCUUCACAGGGAGCCGUCCUAAACUUCAACGUGCUGGAUGGCCACGGCGGAGUGGUGGGCUACUCCCAGGUGGACAAAUUGGCCAGUCUCUUUAAUAUUCACAUACGCACUGGCUGUUUCUGUAACACAGGGGCCUGUCAGGUCUUUCUGGGCAUCAGUAAUCAGGAGGUGAAGGAUAACUUGGAGGCUGGCCACGUCUGUGGAGACAGUAUUGACCUUGUGGACGGCCGACCGACUGGAUCAGUGCGUGUCUCAUUUGGAUACAUGUCCACAUUUGAAGACUGCCAGAAAUUCCUGAGUUUCAUAGUGAACUGCUUUACAGAUAAGCCAUUCAGAAUGGACGAGGAAAGGCUGGCUCGGCUAAAAUUAGCCGUCCCUUUUGUGGACUCUGUAGGGCACUUCAGUCCCUCAGCGUCUAAUGGACAGCUUGAGCACAAGACAGACCACAGGGACACGGCUCCCUCUUUAAUCUCAAGCACAAAUGGAAGAGAGAUUAGGAUCCACACACCCAAGAGACCGGAAGAGAGAAAUAACACCCAGAUAUUGACCAAUAUAUUUAUCUACCCCAUCAAGUCCUGCGCAGCAUUUGAGGUGAGGGAGUGGAGCGUGGGGCCUCUGGGGCUGCUCCAUGACCGGACGUGGAUGGUGGUGAACGAGAACGGCGUGUGCCUGAGCCAGAAGAGGGAGCCCACGCUGGGUCAGGUCCAGCCACGCAUCUCUCUGGCCUCUAAUGCACUUCACAUCACAGCCCCAGGGAUGAACGUCAUCACUGUCCCACUUGGGGACUUGAAGGAGCAGAACCUUAGUCAGAGGACGUGUCAGAGUAAAGUGUGUGGUGACCGGGUGCAGACAGUAGAUUGUGGAGAUGAAGUUGCAUCCUGGUUCUCCGAGUUCCUUGGAAAGCCUUGUCGUCUGAUGAAGCAAAAGCCUGACUUUAUCCGCAAUAUGAAAAAGGCUCCAGAAAACGGGGACGGUCCUACUGCGGUCUCCCUGGUGAAUGAGGCCCAGUACCUGCUCAUCAGCAGAGCCAGUGUGGAAAUGCUGCAGGAGCGAAUCAGCGGCAGACUGGAUGAUCCCAGCAUCCCCCAGGCAAUCAGCAUGCAGCAGCUCAUUGCCCGAUUCCGUGCCAAUUUGGUUGUGACGGGAACCAAUCCGUUGGAGGAGGACGACUGGUCCGGUUUAACGAUUGGAAACACUGGAUUUCGGGUGGCAGGCAGAUGUGGUCGGUGCCAGAUGAUUGGCAUCGAUCAGGAAUCGGGCGCCAGAACCCAGGAACCUCUUAAGUCCCUCUCCGACUGUCGCCAAGGGAAGGUCACCUUUGGUAUUUAUUUACUCCAGCAGCCAAUGGCAAACUCCAGUGCAAUCACCACACUCUCAGUUGGAUCCCCUAUAGCUCCAGAGCUAUCCAAAUCAGAUGACUAUUGACACACUGUUUUAUUUCCAUAUUUUAAUAGAUACAAAACAUUUUUUUUUUUAACUUUUAAAUCAAAUCUUGUAUGUACCUGUAUGUGUAUGAUUGUAUUUUAUGUGAGAAUAAUAACUUAAAUUCUG